AUGGCACUCCUCAACCCUGUAUACGCCUUCGUCGUGCCCUUCCUGUUUGUCGUCACCGUUCCUCUUGCUGUUUUUGCUGGUAUCACAACUACUAUCGCCUUCUCUGUUCUCAUCCUCCGAGUGUUGGCUGUGUAUCUCGACGUUGCUCUAUCCUUCGUUCCUCACUACUUAGGUGGACGUAAGACUCGACCUUAUCAUCCAAAUACUUAUCAUCCUCACCACCAACUCCUCGAACCGGCACCUGCAACGCUCUAUACCAAUCCAACACCUGCUUCUGCCGGUUCAACAGCAUUUGAGUCCUCUUUGCGACGCCGCCGACAUAGAAGAAGCUCUAGUGCUCUAUCCACGGCAGGCACUACCACUCCAAUUAGCGAAAAGGGACUUGGCUUACUACCAAGCAUUGGUCCAGAGCGAGACUUUGAAGGCGUUGGUGGCUGGCGUCUGGGAGGCGACGAUGAAACAUGGACCACCAUAAACUCACGACUUGAAUUACCUGACAAGCAACAUCAUGGGCGAAAUCAUCAUCGUUCCCCAUCUGGUGGCCCCACGACACCUGGAGAGGGCGGGUACCUCAUGAUGAAGGGUCGUAAUCGAAGCCCAGGAGCAAAACGCACAUUAGCAUCUCCUAAUAGCUCCCGUACAAGAACACCUUCAGGCCCUCGGAUUGCUUUCACAAACAAGUCAUUCAUUGACAGCUACUUCCCAAGUCUCAAAACCUCUCCGAAGGGACUGAAAAAGCCCCCGUCUCAGGGUGUCGUCGAUGCGUAA